AUGGCGGUGGAAAAGAAAUACAUUACCAGCGAGGACCUGAAGAAGCACAACAAGCCCGGCGACCUCUGGAUCUCGAUCCAGGGUAAAGUCUAUGACGUCUCCGAGUGGGUGAAGCGGCACCCGGGCGGCGAGGUAGCCAUCGCCAACGUCGCCGACGCAUUCAUAGCCUACCACCCGGGUACGGCGUGGAAGAAUCUCGACCCGCUCUUCACCGGCUACCACCUCGAGGACUAUGCCGUCUCCGACGUUUCCAAGGACUACUACCGCCUCGCCGCCGAGUUCUCCAAGCUCGGCCUCUUCGACAAGAAAGGGCAUGUCGCCGUGGCGGCCCUGUUCUCGCUGGUGAUCUGCAACAUAUCCCGGUGUUCGCCGAGGGCCAACGAUUGGUUCGAGAAGCAGACGAGGGGGACGGUCGACAUCUCGUGCCCGUCGUGGAUGGAUUGGUUCCACGGCGGGUUGCAGUUCCAGCUGGAGCACCAUCUGUUCCCCAGGCUGCCAAGGUGCCAACUGAGGAAAGUUUCGCUGCUGGUUCAAGAUCUGUGCAAGAAGCAGAACCUGCCGUACCGGAGCUACUCGUUCGUCGAGGCGAACGUGUGGACGAUCAAGACGUUGAGGGCGGUGGCGGUGCAGGUGAGGGACCUGGCGAAUCCUGUGCCCAAGAACAUGGUGUGGGAAGCUGUUCAUACUCACGGUUGA